AUGGAUGGGGCCGGAUCUGGCCGCCGUCGGCCCGUACAGUUCGAUUUGUGUUGCGGAAAUUUGCUCACAAAUUUGUAUUCUCAUUGAUAUCUCGUUGAUGUACCAUUGAUAUAUCGUUGAUGUAUCAUCGAUUUUGUCCCUUACCAUUUGAAUUUUGAGCAUAUUUCGUUGAUAUCUAAUUAAUGUAUCGUUGACUUUGUCCCAUACCAUUUGAAUAUCAUUGAAUUUUGUUGCAUAUCAUUGAACUCAUUGAAAUAUCGUUGAAAUUUAUGUACACAUCAUUCAAAAAUCAUUGAAAUCAGUGAGAUUUAUGUGUAUAUCAUAGAAAAUUCCGUUGGCAAUAUCCUUGAAUUUUGUUGCAUUUCAUUGAACUCAUUGAAAUAUCGUUGAAAUUUAUGUGUACAUCAUUGAAAAAUCAUUGAAAUCAGUUUGAUUUAUGUGUAUAUCACAGAAAAUUUCGUUGGCAUAAAAACCAUUUCAAUGAUAUGCCAGUAAAAAUAAUGAUAAAGUAAUUAUCUCAUUUUUCAAAUAAAAUAAUAAUUGAUAUUCAGUAGAUAUGGUAAUGAAAUCAGACGGUAUUCUAGUGAUGAUAUUGCAAAAUGCCAGUGGUGUAUCAAUGAUAUAGUAUAUACUCUAGUGAAACAAUUGCAAUGCUAUUUGAAAUAGGUACCGGUGUUGGUGAGAUAAAAGAGCACGUGGGUGGGACCUAGCUAUUGAAUACAGUGGAGAGAUAAAAUGGGGUGCAGAUGAACACUAUGACGUGGCAAAGCGUGAUUGGAGGAGAGACACCGGUAGGUAGCCUUCCCGGUAGAAAAGAGUUUGGCGGGGAGCCCAACUCUGUUCUUGGCAUCGAAGAAAAUAAAUACUCCCUCGUUUCAUAAAAAUUGACAUGGCUUUGGAUUAGAAUUAGUUUAAAACCGUGUCAAUUUUUAUGGAACAGAAAAAGUAGAACCGAUCUGAACUCUCACCCUCUUGUUUCUCUGCUCCUCAUCCCCUUGUUCUUCCGAUUCUCACCUGUCUCUUGUGUUGUUUUUUCGGGACAUCACAAAUUGGUAUCCAGAGCGAGGUUUCUAUCCGCUCCGCACUUCGUUCUGGAGAUCUUCUCGGUAACAUCGACCAAUUGGUUAUGGAUUCGCUUCGGCUUAUCUCUUGUAAAUCCGAAAUUGGCGUUCGAGUGUUCUAGAGGAAGCUACGACGGCUCCGAAACCUAGCAAUCCAAGUGCCCAAACCCAUUUCGUGCUCGAGAGGAUGGAGACUAUGCAGAAAUCGCUUCAGGAAUGCUUCGAGAAGGCCUUGACGGAAAAACUCUGCCGGGAUGAAGAAGAUGACUACGGAGGUCACCAGUCUGCGCAAGCAAGUGGAUGAUUUCGGCCAGGAUCUCGACACCGUCAAGCAAGCACAGGCCACGCCGGAGGACCGUCUGCACCAGCCGCAUCCGUCCCACCGGACCCAACCUGGUCGCCCGGCGCGGCUCACCAAAAACGGCCCGCCCCGGCUGGAGGACCACCGUCGUCCGCCGGCUCCGGGCGCUGCAGACCGCGGGGACCUCGGCCAGGAGGAGGAUCGCCACGGUGGCGACGUCUACCCAAAACCACCGAAGCACCAUUUCCCCACCUUCAAGGGCGAGAAUCCCUUGCUGUGGGUUGACCUCUGCUACACCUACUUCGACAUGUAUAACGUCCUUGAGCACAACUGGGUUAGCACCGCGACGCUCUACUUCGAGGAACACGCGGCUUUGUGGCUGCAGGCGUACAAGCGCACACAUCGUCAGCUUCGUUUGGAUGCCUUCAUCACGGCCGUCGUCGAGGAGUUCGGUUCUGACGAAUUCGACGGCCAAAUGUCUUUUCUGCUUCAGCUGAAGCAGACAGGGCAUCGUGACGAGCUGCAAACCGGUGCAUGAUUGAAGUGGGGGAUUAUGGUGAAGUCUUGUCUGAAGACACGGUGCAGGCACUUUCUCUUUUGGCCGAACCUCCAACAGCAGCAGCAACUCUAUGUCAUUUAUCUGUCGAUGCCAUGGCUAGUACUGAAGACUUAGGCACCUUUCGGCUGCGAGCGUUGGUUGGCAACCAAGUCAUGGUCUUACUAGUGGACUUGGGCAGUACCCACACAUUUGUCGAUUCUUCUUCUGUGGCUCGAGCUCAGUGCAAAGUCCAGGAGGCCUCCACCUUGAAUGUCAAAGUGGCCAAUGGACAGUUUCUGAAAUCCACAGCUACUGUUAUUGGCCUUUCUUGGUGGUGUCAGGGCACUGCUUUCACCCACUGAUGUCGGAGCACGGUCUCCGGCACCGGGGAUGCCGAGCACCCUCUUUUUGUUUCGGUGGAGGGCGAGGUGAUCGCCCCGGCGAUCGCCGGCCUGGCGAAAGACAUGAAGUGUAGACACGAGAGUUUACCCAGGUUCGGGCCACCCGAAGGUGUAAUACCCCACGUCCUGUUCUGAGUUGUAUUCACAAGUUUGAGUGCGUACAGAUCACCCGAGAGGUUCCCGGGUGGGCUACUUAGGUGAACGCUGUCCUAUGUUCUAAUAACUGGGGUUGGAACCCUUUGACCAGUGACAUUGGUCCUCUUUUUUAUA